UGUCAGCAUUAAAAUUAAGCUGCCAAGUGUCUGCCCAGUCAACAAGAUUAUCUAAAUCACUCUGAAGCCUUUGUUGCUUGGCGUCCGUUUCCACGCUGUUAUACAUCUUGGUGUCGUCCGCGUACAUGGAGCGCAAACAUUCUACGGCAUCUGGCAAAUCGUUAAUGAACACUACGAAAAGUACAGGCCCCAUGACACUUCCUUGAGGCACUCCGCUUGUUACAGCCGUCCAGUCUGAUAGACAGCCAUUAACGCAGACUCUUUGACGUCUAUUGCUCAAAAAUGUCCUGAUCCAUCCUAACGCCUGACCAUCCACACCAAGUGCUUUUAGCUUGACGAGUAAUCUCUCGUGAGGUACCGAGUCAAAAGCCUUCGAAAAAUCUAAGUAUACUGCAUUGACGGGAGCACCCCUGUCUAAUAUCUCAGUCCAGUUCUCAAGGGUGGUGAGCAAGUUGGUAGUACACGAUCUUCCUGCCACGAAGCCAUGCUGGCAACCAGUCAAUAAACUGUUGUCACUCAAAUGCCGCAUAACCUUAUGCCUAACUAUUCCCUCCAUAACCUUGCAAGCUAUACUAGUGAGACUGACUGGCCUAUAAUUACCAGGAUUUGCUUUAUCUCCUUUCUUAAACAAGGGUGUGACCUGAGCGUCCCUCCAAUCAUCUGGAAUAAGUCUGAGUGUAUGUGAACUUGCAUUUAUAACAAAUUUGUCAAUAAAAUGGAGAAUGAAUUCCUUCCUGUCAAAGAAGAAGCCUCCUCUCUACCACUCAUACUUAUGAAUGAUAGAGAUGAGCCAAAUGUUAUGGCUCUUAGUAAUGAUCUUCAAUCUGACAUCUCUGAAUUUCCAAGCUCAUCAAAUGUGAAAGAGAGAGAGCCAGCCAAAGAUGGAUGCUGCUCUCCAUGUCUACCUAACAAGUGGAGUCCACUCACACUGAUUUAUGUGCUGUCAUUCCUUGGUCACUGGGGUGACCGAAAGUGGAUGUUCACAGCUGGCAUGAUACUUGUGCAGAUCUCGCCGUCCUCCAUGCGCCUCAUAGGCUUGUACUACGCCACCACGUGCGUGUUCGUCAUCGUGUUCGCUGCGCCCCUGGGCUCGUGGAUUGACCGCAACCCCCGCCGUCAGGUCGCUCUAACCUGUCUGCUCGUGCAGAACCUGUGUGUGGCCCUCAGCGGUGCCUGCUUCCUAGUCAUCUUGCAGGGCGCUCACUUCAUGCAAGUGCUGGUGUGGCUUGAGCCUCUGCUGCUGUGUGGCGCAGUGUGUGCUGCAGCUGUGGCUGCUGUGGCGUCUAGCGGUUGCCAAACUUGCCUCACCAAAGACUGGCUUGUCGAAGUGGCUUCUAGAAACCCUCACUUACUGGCACGUUCCAACUCCGUGAUCCGCGCUAUCGACCUGGGCACGGAGGUGAUGAGUCCCGUGGCUGCCGGCUACUUGAUGGCCGCGGUGAGCGUCAGUGUCGGCGCCGUAGUCAUCAUCGUCUGGAAUCUCUCCAGCCUCCUGCUGGAGGCCGCCCUCUACGCGCGCAUCUGGAAGCUCUGUCCGCGGCUCCAGAUCAGCAAGCCUGAGGUCACUUGCACCACUAGCAGCGAAUGUAGCGCUUUUGCACGCUUGCGACACAAGGUUGAAGCCAUGUCGUUUUCAUGGCGCGUCUACCUGACGCACCAAGUGCGAUGUGCUGGUCUGGGUCUCGCCCUCCUCUACAUGACCGUCCUAUCCUUAGACAACUACUCCAGGGCGUACCUGUUCGAGGCUGGUCUCAACGAACUAAUCCUCGGGGUGUGUACGGCAUUGUCUUCCCUGCCAGGCCUUCUUGGCUCUCUGCUCUUCCCUUUUCUCAGGCGGAAGAUGGGGUUGGAGCGGACGGGGCUGUUGGGAUUCGGCUGGCUAAGCGGUUGGUUGCUGCUGUGCGUUGCGUCAGUGUUCGCUCCAGGCUCGCUCUUCUACCUCGCCCCUUGGCAGCAGCGAGGCUCGCUGGCGUUAGGCGUUUCAUUGAUGAACUACACGACCCCGACGACCACUUCAGCUUCAUUAGCCGUUGCUGUGGCCACUAAUCUCACUGCAGGUCUCCGCACGCACGACGACAGUAUUGGAAGCAGGUCCAGUAACUUGACGGCCGGAGGCCGUGGUGUCACGGACAGCUACUGCUCGAUGGUCAUGCUACUGACAGGCAUCAUUGUGUCCCGCUUUGGGCUGUGGACCGCUGACCUGUCCGUGGUGCAGAGCAUGCAGGAGCUGGUAGCGCCUCACGAGCGUGGGGCCAUCAGUGGAGUACAAGAAUCUCUCAACCAGUUCUUCAGCCUGCUGCGCUCCCUCCUCCUCAUCGCCUUCCCUAGGAUGGACACCUUCGGCUACAUGAUCAUGCUCUCCUUUGUCUUUGUCUUCACGGGGUUCCUGAGCUACUGCAAGUUCUACGCCCAACGGAAGAAAAUAAACACACCUGUUACAGGGAAGGAGAACCAGGGAGAUAUGGAUUCUGUCAAAGUUGAAUAACAACUGAAUGUUGUGGCAAUUUAAGUGUCAGUAUAAUCCUAGUCUGUUACCUGAACCUACGCAGUUAUUUAAUUUUUGAAAUAUUUAUCACACAAAAUGUCGACUGUGAUCUACUACCAAUGCUCAGUUAGGUGACGGCCACACAAAUUUUGGCCUAUGUUAAGACGGAUGCAAGUAUUGACGUGAUCAAUUGAAUACGCGCCCCACCCGAUUACUUUUUGGGAAAAUGAUGAGCAAAUUUUGUCAUGCAGAGCUCUGAAUGUAAUACGCACGAUCCUUAGUAUGUGUUUCGGACGUAGCAGUCCCAGGCCACGAUUGAUCGCCGCCUCUGACUA